UUAAUUUGAAGAUUAAAAAAACAAUCCUCCAAGCACCUUUAUCUAUAGCGAAAGAAUACUCGCUCUCAUUUGAAAGUCGAAGCCGUUAUCAACGGUUCGUCCUCCGGCCGAGGCAGAGGUUAUCGCUGCCUCCACUACUGUGAUCCCAUCCCCCCUUCCGACCAUCCUGGGACACUCACUGAUGCACCAGUCAACAGAUAACUGCUAUACAACAAACAUCGCAUCGUAAAACAUUUUAAAUUCAAAUUCAAAUCUCGAACACUUUGAUAGGCGUUCGAAUAAACAUACCACAGAUAAAAAAUACGAGUACUUAUUAUCUAAAAAAAAGGAGUUAAUUAGAAUAGUAGUGUUGCGAUUGUGGUGAGGUUCAAUAUUUGGACUUAAUUAGUUGGAAAUGUUAAACGGGAAGUUUUUGUUGUGCGUAGUUUUAGUUGCUGCAUGGAACGAAGUACAACCAGCCAGUCUCCCGUUCCUGCCGUCCCGCAUCGGUGACGCGAACGAGAUCGGCGAGGCUCCCGACGUGAGGGUACCGGCUGAGCUCAUGAGGGCACGAGUGAGGGAGGGCGUGCCCCCUCCCCUGUGCGCCGGCAGAUGUUUCUCGCCACCAGCGGGACCUGUCUGUGCCUUCGAUGCUACGGGCACUGCCAGGACCUUUGCAACGUUGUGUGAUCUGGAAGCAGCGUCGUGUCGCGAAAGUACAUAUUACGCGAUCGCGAGUCGUGGAGAAUGCUGAUGCAGUGACAGAACACGCAAAGUGCAUUGGUUCUCACACAAGUGUAAGCAUUACGUAUCGCACGACCUGAGGACGUUUGCCAUAUAAUGCCAACCAUACGUAUUAAGUAAGCACAGUGUAGCUAUCUCCAUACAAUGGCCCUUGGACAACCAUUCUUGAUGUACAUUGUUCCUUAGUUACAGAAAAUUAACCAAAAAGGAUGACUUCAAUUUUACAAUAAAAAUAAAAAUGCCAUCGUGGCCUACAAAACCAUUAUAAGUACCUUAUUUAUUACACUGGCCAAAGAGCAAAAUAAAUAAAUUGUAGAUAACCUUGGCAUAAAAAGAUGCGACCCAUCGACCUUAAUAAAAAAUUGAACCUGUUUUGAAAAUGGAACAGUAAAUUUAAAUACAGAAACGGGCGUCGCAAAUGUCAACUGUCUGUCGUCCCAAAUUACAAUAUGGCCGCCCGCUCCAAUUGUUUUGACCAACCGUGAAAAUUCGUGUUGACAAACUGUAUUUAAAAAUAGUUACACUGUGGUACCAGUAAGGAUAUAUUAUCUAGGAUGUACCUGUCCAUAACAGUUUAAAUUUUAUAAUGUAUGAGAAAAUGGUUUAAAAAGUCGAACCCCUAAUUAAACUAGAAUGUACUUACACUAUGUCAAUAUUUAUAGUUUCAAUCUAUUUGGUGUAUCGUAAAGUUCAUAAAAAACCGCCUAAAGUGUUCGUUUUGAUUUUAUCAAUUACUCAAUUUAGAUUUGAUUGUAAUAAUCGUCGAUGUCCUUUAAUAUUUAAAGUUUUCAGUAGUAGGUAAUGCUUACUAUCUAAAAGUAAGUUCUUGUAUAAUAAGCUAACAUAGUAAUGUAAUUUGAAAGUAGAAGCUUUGAUAUUUUGGUGACCAAAGAUAUUUUUUGUGGUUAGCAAUCCUUCACGUAAUUAGGUGCUUCCCAAAGCUGUCAACAUACGUUUUGAGUUGAGUUCUUGUGAGUCGCAAGAGUUGAACUCUUUUUAUAAGUGAAGGAACUCAUUAGCAGCAACACCACCUUUAAAAAAAUCUGCAGUAAAUUAAAUUGCUUUGGAGAUGCUUUAGAAUAUUUGCGAUAAGACUUUGGUCAAAAAGUUCCUAAAAUUCCAAAUUUACGUAUUUCUUUAAGAAAUUUUAGCUCGUAAGUAGUUGUAAAAUUAACGCCAAAGUCAUGUUCAAAUAAAUAUUUUAGUAAUGUUUGUAAUUGUAAGAUUAUUUUAAGUAAGUAUAUAUUUCUAUUUAUUGUACAAAGUACGGAUUGUCAUGACUUAUAUAGACUGCUGUUCGGUCGUCGUUGUCAUCAUUAUAGACGAAAUUUAGUUUCAAUAAAGAUUUUACAACAUGAAUAAA